CCCCCCAGGCCCAGGUCCCAGCCCCAACCCAAGCCUCGUCGGCGCCGCCUUCUCCUACUGCCUUCCCCGCAUUCUCUCUUCCCUUCUGCGUCUCCACGUCCCAAGGGACGAGCUCGAUUGAUUCAUUUUUUCAAGUAAAAACACCCAUCGGAUUCUCCUCUCUUCCCUUGUCCAAUUCCCCGUACAGGCGGCAGUUGAAAGUCUUCAACUUAGGAAAACCUUGAUUUGGGGGGGUUCUCUUCUCAGCGAGGAAUUGAAGAGUUGCUACUUCGUUAGUAUCUUCCCGGUGACCCCGUUUCUGUUCAGGAAGUGUCGGGUUUCUUCUUUUUGGGUAAAGAAAGGAAAUAGGGUGGUCAGCAAAGAAUGCUGGACGUGAGUAAGUUUGAUGUGCAUUUGAAAUUAUGGGCGCUCAGGAUUCCUCGAGAGAUCUGCAAGGUGGCCACUCGCGUCCUCAAUGGAUACUUGCUUGAUAAGCCUCGAGUGAAGCCGAUUACCGAAGACCCAACUAGCGAUAAGAACCGGUACAUGAUAUUGUCUGAGAAAGUUGAGAACCCUGAGCUAACUGAAAUCCCAGCUGAGAAACUUGAUGAACUGAAGAAGUUAUGUGAAAUCGAAGUAGUUCCUUAUGCCAUGACCCUUGGAUAUUCUUACUGGAGUGCAGAUCAUAUUCUAAAGCAGGUUCUUCCCGCUGGAGUUGAGAAAAAUCAUCCGAGGAUCAGAACUAUUGUCAAUAAAGUCGGAUCUAUAUCAAAUGAGUUUAGAGUACCCAAGUUUGAGAUCCUUGCUGGGGACAGUGAUAUGGUCACAGAAGUUAAGCAAUAUGGAGCUACAUUCAAACUCGACUACGGCUUGGUCUAUUGGAAUUCAAGAUUGGAGCAUGAACACAUAAGGCUAGUCUCUCAAUUCCGACCGGGGGAGAUCAUAUGUGACAUGUUUGCCGGCAUUGGUCCCUUUGCUAUUCCCGCAGCACAGAAAGGAUGCAUUGUUUAUGCAAAUGAUCUCAACCCUGACAGUGUUCGUUAUUUGAAGAUCAAUGCCAAUGUUAACAAGGUCGAUGAUCUCGUGAUUGCCUUUAAUAUGGAUGCUAGGAAGUUCAUGGCCCAGCUUAUGAUGGUUCCACCAGUUCAUGAAGACAAUUCAGUGGUCUCUAAAGUGGAGACCUUUGAAGAAAGGAAAAGAGACCAAGAGCAAGUGGCAGUUGAGGCGAAGGAUUCACCUGACCACGCAUCCAUAGCUUUGGUCAAAGGGAAUCCAGAUUGUUGUGAAGAAGAAAAUGGGAGAAACCUUGGAAUGCCGGGUAAAGGUAGGAAGAACAAGAGGAUAAAGCUGUCCGAGCUGCCCAAUCCUAACACUCGGGAGCAUGUUGAUCAUGUGAUAAUGAACCUCCCUGCUUCUGCCAUACAAUUUCUAGGUAAAACGUCGUAUCGCGAUCGGACGCAAGAGUUUCUCAGCGUAGCGGAGAGGCUGAAGAAGUCCAUCUCGUCGGGGAACAAUGCCGGGGUUAGUGGCAGCAGCAACAGCAGCAGCAGCGGGAAGCCUGACGGCACGCGAUCUGCGGUUGCGGUUCAGUCGGAAUUCAAUAAGCGAGCUUCGAAGAUUGGGUUUGGAAUUCACCAGACGUCUCAGAAGCUGUCCAAGCUAGCCAAAUUGGCAAAGAGAACAUCAGUAUUUGACGACCCAACCAUGGAAAUCCAGGAAUUGACUGCUGUUAUAAAGCAAGAUAUCACCGCACUAAAUGCAGCUGUGGUAGAUCUCCAACUCGUCUGCAACUCUCAGAAUGAGAGUGGGAACAUCUCUACCGACACCACAACCCAUUCAACUACAGUUGUAGAUAACCUCAAGAAUCGCUUGAUGAGUGCGACAAAGGAGUUUAAAGAAGUCCUAACUAUGCGAACAGAGAAUUUAAAGGUUCAUGAGAACCGCAGACAAUUAUUUUCUUCAUCUGCAUCAAAAGAAGCUACAAAUCCUUUCGUACGUCAACGCCCACUAGCUUCCAGAUCUACAGCCAAUGCAUCAGCAGCUCCUCCACCUCCAUGGGCUAAUGGUUCUUCUGCAUCUUCGUCCUCAUCCCAGUUAUUUCCCAGUCGACAGUCAGAUGUAGAGUCUCAGCCCCUCCUGCCUCAGCAGCAGCAGCAGCAGCAGCAGCGUCAGCAGCAACAGCAGCAGCAACAACAACAGAUGGUUCCACUCCAAGAUAGUUACAUGCAGAGUAGAGCUGAGGCUCUACAUAAUGUGGAAUCAACCAUUCAUGAGCUAAGCAACAUCUUCACACAACUAGCAACCAUGGUUUCACAACAAGGAGAGCUUGCUAUAAGGAUUGACGAGAACAUGGACGACACGCUGACGAACGUAGAAGGUGCACAGGGGCAGCUGGUUAGGUAUCUCAACAGUAUUUCCUCCAACAGGUGGCUUAUGAUCAAGAUAUUCUUUGUACUCGUUGCAUUCCUCAUGAUCUUCUUGUUCUUUGUGGCAUAAGGAAAGAAAGAAAAAAAGGUUCCUUCUCUGCUGUCUCUCCAUAUUCUUGUACUAGAAUUCAGAAUGCAAUGGGAUCUCUUCUUGUAAACAGGAUUGCUUGAAAUUGUGGCAUAUACACAAAUUUUGACUCGUCGUUUCCCUUUCCCCUGUAUUUUGGAUGACUGAAACCAACUACUCCGUACAUAAUGAUAAUGGCGGGGCCUUGCGCUUCCCUACUGCUUUGUUCUUGUUUCUUUCAUUCUCGUCUUCCGCUGUCCCACGAGACUCGAACCAAAACACUUGACGUGAUAACGUUG